CAAUUCUCACAUCAACCUCCACAGCAAUUCUCACAUCAACCUCCACAGCAAUUCUCACAUCAACCUCCACAGCAAUUCUCAUAUCAACCUCCACAGCAAUUCUCAUAUCAACCUCCACUUCAACCUCCACAUCAUAUCCCACAUCAUCAACCUCCACAUCAGCCUUUACAUCAACUCACACAUCAACCUCCACAGCAGUUCCCACAUCAACCUCCACAACAACAAUGCAAUGAAGAGAUGAUGGUUCAGGGUUCAGAUAUUUCAAAGUAUUACGAGGUAAAACUUCCGGGAAUGGAUCAACCAAUACUCGUUUCCAAGCUCAUAGUCGAGAAAAAAGUUUUUGAACCUGUCCAAUCUUCUUCACCCACCGAGUUACGCGCUGAUCAACGUCCAGUAAUCACGGUCAAUCUACCGAGAAAUACAAAGAAUUCUCUUCUCUGUGAAGAACCUUGGUGGUUAUCUUCAAAAGGUUCCGGUGAAUACGAAUCUGCACACGCGAUAGAAAUUGCGACGGGGGUUUGCCCUUUGGUGAAGUUACCUCCUCAUGGAUCGCAAAGCCUAUCAAUCAAAUCGAGUUCAAGAAGGGAAUUAAUGUGGAUCAACCGUUAUAAAGAUUAUAGUCAUCACAACGAUAUCACAUCAAGCAGUAUCAACUUCGAAUCCGAACCACUUGUCGUACGAUUACCUCCAAAAGCAAUUCCUAAUACGCGUUUUAAUAUACAGAAUCUCAAAAUUGAAACGAACAUAGAGCUUUGUAAAGACGACGAUGAUGCCUUCUUUGCAUCUUUGGGUUGUUCAACCUUGUCUACUCCCGUGUCCGAGACUUCAACUACCUCAUUUUCAAAUACGUCGACGUACGCAGAAUCAGCAAACACCGUGUUUACCGAAGAAGAAUCUAUUAAUGAUGUAAAGCAUUGCAAUUCUCGAUCACCUUCCGUACUUUCAACCCUUAGUUCUGAGCAUCUUUCUCCAGUUUUGGAAGAAGAUGAGGAGGAGGAAGAGUUUGAAAAAGUACUUCCCGUCGAGGAAUGUCAAAAAGAGAUGACAAUCGAAGAACCAGUUGACUUGGAAAUUUGCGGGAAUGAAAGUGAGGAUUCAGAACAAAAGAUAGACGACCACGAGGUACUCGAGGAGCACGAGGAGCAAGAAUAUUUGCUCCCCCACUUAUUUGAAAUUGUGGAACAACUCAAGAAAUUGGAACCAGAUUCAGAUGAGGCACUUAGGAUUCGUCGACAACUCGAAAGAAUCAAAGAAGAGAAUUAUCCGGAAUCUUUACCAUUGUCUAAUAAAUGGACAAUGUAUUUUUCAGAUACAUCAGCGACGAAGACAAACACAAGGAUCGUCUCGAAGAAUAAAUAUUCUUCGACAUUGAACACGGUUUUUAAGUGCAACACGGUUCCAGAAUUGUGCUCAAAUUUGCGUGAAUUCUAUUCAAAAGUUAAGCCAAGCGACAUGAAAACGUUUGCGAAUCUUAGCUUCUUUAAGGGGGACAUAAUGCCUAUGUGGGAAGAUGAAGUUAACCAAAAGGGAGGUCGUUUCACUUUAUGUCCUUCAAGAAAUCGACUUGAUUCGCUAUGGGAUUCAAUUAUCUUGCUUCUUGCCGGUGAAACUAUCGACGAUAACAAUGUUAUCUGCGGUGCCGUCUGCGCUCGUAGAAGCAGAGGUGAUCGCGUAGAACUUUGGUUAAGCGGCAAUGCUGAUAACGAAGCCAUCGAUCAUAUCAGAGAACUAUUGGCAGUCGAGUUAGGUAGUGACAUGGUUAGGAACCUCAAAUACAAGAAACACUACGAAAAGCCAUGA